UAGACAUGCAUUGAAAGGCGUGUCAGAUGGCAGGAUAUCAAGUUUGUUAGACAAAACUUUAAGCAGCGGAGAGACAAUUGCAGAUUACUCAAACAUACUGCAAGCUUAAGAACAUCUAUUUAAGUACAGCCAUUCGUCGAAAAACAUAUGAAUGCUGAAAUCUUACAUAUUCAUAUCAUAUGUCAGUCUGAACCUGCAAGAGUUGAAGUUGUCUUGAUUGUAUCUACUGACUCAUUGUGCUUUUACCCAACCUCAGACAUGGUUGACCAACUGUCAGAGGAACAGAUUGCAGAGUUCAAAGAAGCCUUUUCUCUAUUUGAUAAGGAUGGUGAUGGCACAGUCACAACAAAGGAGCUCGGCACUGUAAUGAGGUCGCUUGGACAAAACCCCACAGAAGCCGAACUACAGGACAUGAUCAAUGAAGUUGAUUGUGAUGGGAGUGGGACAAUCGAUUUCCCUGAAUUCCUCACUAUGAUGGCCCGUAAAAUGAAAGAUACAGAUACUGAAGAAGAAAUCAGAGAGGCGUUCGCUGUGUUUGAUAAGGAUGGAAAUGGCUAUAUAAGUGCGGCAGAGCUCCGUCAUGUGAUGACUAACCUGGGGGAGAAAUUAACAGAUGAAGAGGUUGAUGAGAUGAUCAGAGAAGCAGACGUAGAUGGCGACGGUCAAGUUAAUUACGAAGAGUUUGUACAAAUGAUGACAUCAAAGUGAACACUAUGUAAUGCAUUGAAUAUCUUAUUAAAGAUGUAAUGACCAAACACCGAAAGUGGUUGGUUUACAACUGGUCCACGGGUCGCAAAUGCUACAGUGAUCAGUCUGCUUAGAUAAGAUAAUAUUCUCAUUGAGUCCUCUUUUUAUCAUCUUCCCUUUAAUGAAUAUCAUCAAGUCACCCGUCUGGAGUAAAGAACUUCCCUUAAGCAAUAAUUGGCUGAACUGAUGUUGCUCUACGGCUGAAGAACUGAUAUAUGCAUAUGUUUGUAUGUAUUAGUCUAUUAAUGUAGAAAAUAUUUGCAUAUCAAUUUGCAGUAAUACCUAUAUUUUGCUGGAUGUGUCUGUCUGCCUGCCUGUCUGUCUGUCUAUAUGCCUGCCUGCCUGCCUGUCUGUCUAUCUACAGACCAAUUAAUAAUAUGAAACCAAGUAAUAAUAUGAAACAAUAUAAAGCACCAUGACUACUGUAAUAACACUCUGUAUUUACUUGCUAUUUUGGUAAUUAUUUAGUUAGAAUAAUAAUUUGGUUUACCUGAUGCCCAAUAAUUGAACACGAUUGAAUUAGUAAGGUGUAUAAUUUAUAUUAUUUUGUGUCUUGGUUUAUCAUAAUCCAGGAUAUCUGAGUUUAUCUGGGAUUACCAAAAGAGUAGAGUUUUAGCCUAUGGGGUCAUCAGCACCGCCUCUAAUUUCCAGAAGCUAACUCUGAAAGUCAAAUAUUAAAUGUAAAUGUUAUAUAUUCUGGAUAUUUGCCAUGACGAAAUUAUAUAAUAAGUGUGUUAAGCAUAUAGCAAUCCAUGAGUUAAAUAAAAAGCAAAUACUUGGUUUCUACCAUAUUAGCACCAUUGCAAAAUAUUGCAAAGAAAACAUAACAUGCAUUGAUACAAAUAUUUUUUUUAUCUAACAACUUUAAUAAAAGUACCAUAGUUUUUGUAUGUAUGUAUGAUUUAUGUAUGAUGAGCUGACUACAGGCUACAGCUGUGUUGCAAAAUAUAAAAAAAAGACACAAUUAUUCUUACUCAUAUAUUUUAGCUUAAAUUUGAAAACACACUUUCCCUGAAUAAACCUGUGUAUGUUUAUUUUA